AUGUCCUUCCACAGACCCUAUUCCCCUUCCCUGUCCUCCUUAUCAAGCGAAAGCCACCACACCUUACUCUACCCCACACCCUCCUCGUCCUACCGCUCUUCCUUCGCACCCCAAGAAGUGACCGGCUACGAGACUAUAUUCGACGAACUGCCUCGUUACGAAGAGAUUCAGACACGAGAAGUGCCGCCACCACCAUAUAGCGAAAUCGCACCGGAUGCGGAGUUUGGGGGAUAUGGUGGUGGUGGCGGUGGCGGGUAUGCAUGGGAAGAACAGCUAUAUGAACGUGUGGUUUUGCAUCCAUUGCCGGAGGCGGGACCGUCAAGAUAUCGUGAGGUGUAUGCUCUAGGACCCAUGGGCGGUCCGCGAGGAGCAGAUGAGAACGCUUCACGACCCAUACCUCUUUCCUCCAUGGGAAUACCACCGGGAGUACACAGGCCGCGUCCCACACUGCGAAACCUACCUUUCCGAGCGGGUUCGGAGGCGCGUCCAUAUCCCCCACGGUCCCGCUCCCAAUCUUAUGUUCUGCGGGCCAGUGAUGCGCAACUUGCUGACCUUGAGAGGCUGCGUGAAGAUGCAUGGGGUAGUGAUUCAGAGGACGGAAGGGGUUAUGAAGAUGAUUCGGAGGAGGAUGGGAGUGAGGAGGGGCUGUCGAGGAGGGAACAACGGAUGUGA